CUCAGUCACGAUGACCCGCACCCUCUGCUUGAGCCUCCUCCUCCUCCUGCUGCUGUCCCUCUGCUGUCCCGCCACUGCUGACCCUCGGCGGACCACGUCCUCUCAGCGCAGGGCGGCUCGUGCGCCAGCCGCCAAGGUGCGCUUGGCGGGCAACAACGUGCAAGGGCCGCACGAAGGCCGCGUGGAGGUGCUGCACAACAACACCUGGGGGACCGUCUGCGACGAUGAAGUGGACAUCAAGAUGGCCAACGUGGUGUGCCGAGAGCUGGGCUACCGGAGCGCUGUAACGUGGGCGCACAGCGCCAAGUACGGAGAGGGAACAGGCCCAAUAUGGAUGGAUAACGUACGCUGCGACGGCACAGAGCAGUCUUUGAAAGACUGCAAACACAACGGUUGGGGGGUGAAUGACUGCAAACACGCUGAAGACCUCGGGGUGGUGUGCGUCCAGGAGCAAAGGCUGGACCAGGCAGCCGGUCACAGCCCGGCUGCUGCCAGGCCCAACGGCAGCCCUGCACCUCAGUGGCAGGGCCUCGUGGCCACCCGCAGGCACCCAGGCUAUGGCUACUAUGGAAACGGACAUCAGGACGAGACCCCCAGGUUCCAGAGACACCACCAGGGUCACAGUAAGGUGCAAAUCGAGGAGGUACGUCUUCGUCCCAUCCUCAUGGCGACCAAGAGGAAGACCCUAAUCACGGAGGGUGUGGUAGAGGUGAAGCACGCUGGAAGAUGGAGGCAGGUCUGCGACCUCGGCUGGAGCGUCAACAGCAGCCGAGUUGUGUGCGGGAUGCUGGGCUUUCCGGAGGCUACCCAGCACAACGUCAAAUUGUACAAGAAAAUAUGGGAUACCAAGGUUGCAGAUCCUUUAACGAGAUUGAGCAUCAUGUCAAAGAAAAAGGGAUUCUGGGUGGAAAAGGUCCACUGUCUGGGUACUGAGAACUUCCUGUCAGAGUGUCUUUCUCAGCUGUCCAUCCCCCGAAGUCCCAGUCCUUGUAAGAACGGGAGACAUGCAAUAGUGAAGUGUGUGCCAGGCCCUCAGUUUGCUCGCAUCUCCUCAGGAAGACCCCAGGCCCCCCAUCCAGCUGUGCCGGUGCGCCUGAAGGCCGGCCCCAGGCUGGGAGAGGGUCGCGUGGAGGUGCUCCGAGACGGAAAGUGGGGGACCAUCGUGGACCACAUGUGGGAAAGACCCGCAGCCAGCGUGGUGUGCAGAGAACUGGGCUUCGGCAGCGCAAAGGAUGCCCUGAAUGGAGCCUUUAUGGGUCAAGGUACGGGUCCUAUCCAUAUGAACAGUGUCCAGUGUAGGGGGUCAGAGCGCUCCAUCCUGGACUGCUACUUCCAGGAAGUCCAACCGUGGACAUUCAAACACAGUCAGGACGCCUCAGUGCGCUGCAACGUCCCAAAGACCGGAGUGGAGAACACGGUGCGACUUGUUGGCGGUAGAGUCCCAGCAGAGGGCCGCGUGGAGGUGUUGAUGGAGGUUGGGGGUCGUAAGCGCUGGGGCUCCGUCUGCAGUGAGAACUGGGGCAUCAACGAGGCCAUGGUGCUAUGCAGGCAGCUCGGCUUGGGCUUCGCUGCCAGCGCUCAUCAGGAGACCUGGUACUGGCCCGGUGAGCCAAAUGCAGCAGAUGUCAUCCUGAGUGGAACUCACUGUGUGGGCACAGAGCUUUCUAUUCAACAGUGUCGCCGCAACAAUCAUGUCCAUUGUCCUCGAGGCGGCGGGACUAAGGCUGCUGGGGUCACCUGUUCAGACACGGCGCCCGACCUGGUUCUGGAUGCCCAGCUGGUCCAGGAGACCGCCUACCUGGAGGACCGACCCCUCCACCUGCUGAGCUGCGCCAACGAGGAGAACUGUCUGUCCUCGUCCGCGGCCAGGAUGAACUGGCCUUAUGGCCACCGACGCCUGCUGCGCUUCUCCUCCCGCAUUAUGAACCUGGGCCGCUCCGAUUUCAGACCCAAAGCGACAAGAGAGAGCUGGACAUGGCACCAGUGUCACAGGCACUACCACAGCAUCGAGGUGUUCACACACUACGACCUGCUGACUCUGAAUGGCACAAGGGUUGCAGAGGGACACAAGGCCAGUUUCUGUCUGGAGGACACGUAUUGCCCUGAUGGACUCCAGAAGCGCUUCUCCUGCUACAAUAUGGGUGAACAGGGCAUCUCUGUGGGAUGCUGGGAUACGUAUCGCCACGACAUUGACUGUCAGUGGGUGGACGUUACGGACGUACGGCCAGGAGAUUACAUCUUCCAGGUGGAAGUAAAUCCCGCGAUGGACAUGGCUGAGUCUGACUUCAUGAACAAUGUCAUGAGAUGUCGGUGUAAAUACGAUGGACACAGAGCCUUCAUGUAUGGAUGUCACGCAGGCGAUGCAUACAGUGCAGAGAUUGAAGACCUGUUUGAGCACCAGAGGCAAAUCACCAACAACUUUGUGUAGCCCAUCCCAGGGGCCGGUGCAAAGGCCCGGUCCAAUGGGGUCCAGAGACCACCCGGGGCGGGCUGAGGUCGAUGCCCCCGGGCCCUUGGGAACUGAGGACCUAAAAAUGACAGACAACAUACAAAAUGGCGCCUGAUCAUCUUCUUCACAGACGUGGAGAAGAUAUUCAUAAGCGCAUCAUAUCACAGCAGCGACCAUUGCGGAGACUCCAUUGAGUGGAGGAGUUACCAAAUGGCUCAAAUGGUGUUUUGUACUCUACUUAAGUAAGAAGAUGAUGAUUCAGACUAAACAGAUUUUUGUAAAUGUGGAAGACCAGUAACUUAAGGAAGUUGCGAUGACUAAUCCUUCACAAAGACACCGGGGAAGAUGGUGCUGCCGGGGAACCUCAUUCCUAAUUCAAAGGAGCGGAAAAUCAAAGAAAUAAUUAAUAAUAAUAUUGUGAGCUUACGUCAUUUCUGUGUCAAAAAGCGGAUUUAAUGCAACAUUGGUGGCAACAUUACUAUAAUUUAAUAAUUGCUCUUUUAGCAUUAUUUCACCCAAAUUGUUGAAUUUUCUAGUUGUUGCGCUUUUACUUUACUUCCGUAUCGGUGCUCUUUAAUUAUAGUGCACGUCGCUAUAAUAACCUCACUACAUUUUAGGUGAACAGUUUGUGCAAUGCAUUUGGGUAGUUUUCUUUCACAGUUAAUUUGAUAUUUUAUCAUUGCAUUGUUUAACAAAACCAUUGUUUAAAAAAAGUAUUUAUGCUACAAUGUUUUGCUUCUAAUCUAGAUUAAGAAAGAAAAGGUCAAAUCAUUUUUUGUAAAAGAGCACUUUAUCCUUUAAACAUCAGUAUUCUAGUUUUGCCCCCAUAACUAUUUUCAUGCCACCAAUUUAAAUUAUUCUAUUUGAAUUCUUCAUCUUUGUUUUCAUAUUCAAUUUAAUAUUUAUGCUGUAACCUUAUUUAUUCAAGGAUUUCACGCAUCAACAGCAUGCUCAGUAAAAAGCUUUUUAGCGUUUAUUUAAUAAUACUGAAUAUUUUUUAGUUUUUUCAGAGGUUACUAAUCAGAGAGGAAAAAUGAUAUCACAAGGGAUAAAGUAUUAGAAAGUUCACAUGAUUUAUUUUAGUUAUUAAACAACUGUAACUGUACAGUUUUACUCUUAGUUUUUCUCUGGUGGGAGGAAAAAACCACAGUAUUGUGGUGGGAAGACGCGCUGUGUUUUGAGAUAAAAACGUUAAAUGGCUCCAGCAUGUGCUUCAUGAAGAAACACUAAUCACUGCUUAACCUGUUCAUCCCGCACUACCCACUAAAGGGAGCCCAGCAGUGAACGUUUGAGAAAGUCAAACACAAAGAGACGUGUGAGGAAACUUUGAGAAGAAUUAUACACACUUUUUACAACCAGAGCAGCGUAUUUGUAGGCAGCCAUUCAGAGACCACAAGCCGACAUUUGAAGCUCCCCAACGAGAACAACAUGUUUGUUUGGGAGAAAAGACCGAAACUCCUAAAUUCACGCUUCAACACAGUAAACAAUUUCUUUGAUAGCUUGUUAACUCCAUAACAAACAAUGAUUCAACUCCAUUGUCUUCACAUGUGUUCAUCAUGUUGUUUUUACCCCAUUGGCUUAACGUCUUAAACCCUUUUAAGACGGUUUUCUAAUGGCCAGUUUCCAGGACGCCAUGUGGAAAGGACAAGUCACAAAGUCAUAAAGACAACUGCAGACUGAAUUACUUUAGCACAUCAUCUUCGUCCUCACUGGGCCGUGAUGACUCCAUGAAGAAAAAGAAAAAGAAUUGGUUACUUUUUAUAAUCUUGCACAGUCAACCCAAAUAUUUAAAACUGUUGGACAUCAAAGUCAGAGGGUGGAUCUAAAGGACUAAAAUGAGUGUUUGUUAAAAUGAUUUUCUAUUUUUCUUUGCUUAUGUACAGUUCCUCCUGACAUAUAUACGGUCUGUUAUAUGUUAUUUAAGAUGAUUUGCCAUUUCAUAUCAUAAGUUGGUUCAUAUUAACCACUCAUCAUAUUACUGUAUUGUACCCGUGCUUUAGGCAUAGCACUGGGACAUUGUUUUCCAUGGCCAGUUGUGUUUUAUUUUGUCUUUAAAGCUGAGAGUGUGAGCUAUGCAGUGCUUAUCUACAAUCAUAAUGAAAGCUGUGCUCUCAGGGACUUUAACCUCAUUUAAAGAGAAAAACAAAUAAUAUUUAUGUCAUGUGAUUUAGGUUGCUCUUAGCUGUGAUGCAUACACUCCUACAACAAGUAAUCUGUGCCUACAUGCGUAUGGAGGAACGUGAGGAGAACUUUGGAUAGACACUGGCUUAAAGACAAAAUCGC